AUGGCCUCUUCGUCGAUACCCAUUGAGACACCUACGCAGAUCCGCAUUCUCACCCUCAACUGCUGGGGCCUCAAGUUUAUCGCCAAAUACCGCCAUGAACGGUUAUCCGAGAUCGGCCGGCAGCUGGCGCUGGCCAGUCCGCCGCCUGAAAUAGUCGGUCUACAGGAAUGCUGGACGCAGCAGGACUACGAGAGUAUUCGACAGCAAACACGGCACAUUCUACCAUACGGUAAAUUCUACUUCGGAGGCAUCUUCGGCGCCGGCCUGGCCAUUCUAUCGCGAUGGCCCAUCGAGGAAAGCAGCAUGUACGCAUACCCAUUGAACGGCCGGCCCACCGCUUUCUUUCGUGGAGACUGGUUUGUGGGUAAAGGAGUGGCUUGUGCGAGAGUCCGCUUUGGCCGCGGCACCGCCGAUGUCGCGGAGGUGUUCACCACGCAUCUACACGCCCCCUAUGAGCGCGAGCCCAACGACUCGUACCUGUGCCACCGCACGGCGCAGGCCUGGGAGAUCUCCAAGCUGAUGCGUGGCGCUGCUGAACGCGGACACCUGGUAAUUGGCCUGGGCGAUUUCAACAUGCUGCCGUCGUCCUUUGCCCACCGGCUCAUCACGGCCCAGAGCCCCGUCCGCGACGUCUGGCGCGAGCUGCACCCGGACUCGUCCGUCGGCGCGGCCAUUGAUGCUGUCGAAAAGGCCCGCAAUCGACCUAUCCCAUCUGCCGAGUUUAAUAUGCUCGAGAACGGCGCAACCUGCGACGGAGCCUAUAAUACCUGGCGUUGGUCCAAGGCCAUGCGCAAGCAACUCGACAAGGGGGAGGACGUCACCGUUGAUAAAGAUGCUCCUGACCCGCGCGCCAAACGACUAGACUAUAUCUUUGUUGGUGACGGCGGCUACGCUCCUGAGUUCCCUCCCCCGCGCUGGUCGGUCGAGUCUGCUCGUCUGGCCAUGACGGAGCGCCAUCCCACGCUCCGCUGCUCGCUGAGUGACCACUUCGCCGUCGAGGCCGUCAUCACUCGCUCUCCAUCGACCAAAACCCCAUCCCUAUCACAGUCGUAUCCCCCCUCGGACCCUUCCUCGCCACCCCUCCACAAAACAAUUUCUACAUCCCUAGCACCCAACGCCGCCCUCACCCCAGAAACAUACGACCGUAUCACCGAGAUGAUCCACACUUAUGUGCGCCGCGAACGCAGCCAGCGCCGCUGGCGUCUCGUGCACUUCCUGGUAUCCAUCGUGAUUUCUAUUGGAUGCAUGGUCGGCGUAUGGUGGGUCGGCAGCCGCACGUACAUCGGAUUCGUGUUGGUGUUUGUGAGCACGCUGAAUUUUGCCGCCGGCAUUCUCGACGGCUUGAUUGGGGGGCUGUUUGUGUCGAGUGAGAUACGUGCUCUCAAGGAAUUUGAGUGGGAGGUCGCCAAUGCGAAGAGAUUGGUUAUGGAAGCUGAGGCUGGGGAGGAUGUUGGUGCUGUUGGUGCAGGCGCUGGUCGUCUUUCUGGUGAGACUGAGGGACACAAGGCUGAAUGA